ACCAGAGAGAGUAGUGAAGAUGUGAGCGAUAUAUAGAGAAGCAAACAUCCAUAUCAAGUGACAAUAAUGUGAAUGAUAAAAGAAAAAAAUAUAUAUUUAAUCUAUGAUGAAACAAAAUGAAUAACAAUGAAACAAUUAAUCAACAAGAGACAAAUAAAAAAACAACAAAAACAAUGAGUGAAUUGGUGAGAAAAUAACUGUACUUUUUUUGUUUGUGUGAAAAAAAUUUUAUGUUGAAAAUUAGUGAAUGAAAUUUUUUUGGACGAAUUUAAAAGAAUAACAGACGAUAUUUUGUGAUUUUUUAUAUUAUUAUUGUUGUUGUGUGUGUGAGUGUUAGUUAUGGUGACUGGUUCUUGACUACCAUAACUACCACCUUCUCCGCCGGUAAGAUAUCAUCAUGAACUACCAGUAUUACCACAACUACUACCACAAUUACUACAACUACUAGCUCGAUUGUGACGUCAUCCUACCACCACCCUCUACUACUACUACCAUUCGUCUCACACUACCACCACUACCACUAUCGUCAGACCACAACCACAACCAUCAUCACUACCACCACUUAUAGCUACUUCUAACACUUUCCAUAUCUACCACUAUUACCACCAUCGUCACCAUAACCACCACUACCACAAUCAAAACAAUCAUAACCACAACCUGACCAUCACUACAAUCACCUAACCCCCCCCACACAACACACACCAUCUAACCAAAAUGUACGGAAUGGUGGGCGGCGGAGGGGUGGUGGGGGGCGGCGGAGGGGGCGGUUCUAGGAGUGGAGGCGGCGGCACCAGGUCGAGCACCAGACGCGCCACCCAAUACAGGUCAGGACCAACCCCUCACCACCACCACGCGCCCACGGGAAGCAUGGUUCGCACACCUGCUCCUCUACCGUCGACUCCUCUCCUUCAUCAAGCAAGCGUGGACAGGUGUCAAAUUUGGCUCAGAUGCUGAAAUGGAAAUACUUGAACAGGAGCCUCGUUAUAGACCAGAGGACAUCAACGCACUCUGCCGCACCACGCACUUCACCCGGCCGGAGUUGCAGCGUCUCUACCGGAGCUUCAAGGACCGAUGCCCUACUGGAGUGGUCAGGGAGGACGCCUUCAAGGAGCUCUACUUCCAGAUGUUCCCAAAAGGAGCCAGCUCCAGCAAGUACCCGCACUAUGUCUUCAAUAACCUCGAUAAGGAGAACACGGGCGUCAUCAACUUUGAGGACCUGAUCACCCUCCUAUCUCGAUUGUCUCGAGGGUCUCUCAACGAUAGACUCAAGUGGAUCUUCACGCUAUAUGACCUAAACGGUGACGGCUGCAUCACUAGACAGGAGAUGACAGAUGUGGUACAAGCUGUCUACGACCUCAUGGGCAAACACACAGAUACGCCUGUUGAUGAACAAACAGUCGGACAGAAAGUGGAAGCUCUGUUUACGACGCUGGACCUCAACAAAGAUGGCGUCAUCACCCUGGACGAGUUCACAGAGGCGUGUAGUCAGGACAGCACAAUCGCCUACAACAUCGACGCCAUGUUGCACUGUGACGUCACCGCCCUCAACCCCGGUGACGUCACCACCACCACUACCAACGAUGGCAUUACUCCUGACCACCCAAGCAGGACGCUCAGGAGGUGACGUCAUGGCGGCGACGACCAAUCACUGAUUACUCGGGAUGGGCAGCUGAUGAUAACGUCACUCCCAGCAGCCAAUGGCAACAAAUGGAUCGUCGGAGAUUUCAGAUUUCUUUAAAUUCUCUCAUUUCUUUCUUUCAUUUCAUCUCUGGGGACAUUUAUUAUUUAAUUAUUUUUAUCAAACUGGUAAAAGUGAGGUUUUAUGGUGUUGUAAAUAAGAGAGACGGAGUAUUUGUGUUUGUUUUUGAUGGACGCUUCGAGGUGGGACUGCUGACCACGUGAGGCUGAGGCUCCCUGCUGACACUGACCCAUUACUUGAACUAUUAUUUAUAUUAAGACUUUUUAGCUGAUUCUUCGAGAACAUUAUUUAUUAUUAUUAUUAUUAUUAUUAUUAUUAUUAUUGUUAUUGUUAUUAUUAUUAUUAUUAUUAUUAUUAUUAUUAUUAUUAUUAUUAUUAUUAUUAUUAUUCCUCCUAACGACAGAUAUCCCUCAACUAACAAACAACCUAAUUAGAUGGUUCACCUUUAGGGUAAUUAUGACCGUAAUUAAGGUUGAGAAUUAGAGUAAAAUUUAUUAUUGUUUAUAUUUUUUAUCUCAAGUUAAAUAAUGAAGUGACUAAUUAGAGGUUAUUUACGAGGAAUAAUUUUUGUAUAAGUUUUCGUCAAUCUUUGCGAAGUAAUGUCAAGUGUUGGAUCACCUGAAGAUUAGUCCCCUAGCUUAUUUCACCUGAUAAUUAGUCCCCUAGCUUAUUUCACCUGAUAAUUAGUCCUCUAGCUUAAUUCACCUGAUGAUUAAACACCUUAACACUAACCCAAGCUAAUACUAACCUGAUCUAAAACUAACCUACCCUUACCUAAUUAAGCCACCCUAACACUAACCUAACCCAACUCUAACUUAACCUCCCCCCCCCCUUAAGCUAACUCACUUCUAACUUAUAAUCACAACUUAACUACACCUAACACUAACUAAACGUAACCUAACCCUAACCAAACCUAACCUAGCUCCUCAGGUAGGAUUAGAGAGGUCAAUCCCCGGGACCAUAAUCUAGGGUGGGGGGUUAAUCUUCAGGUAAGGUCACAGGGUUUGUCUCACGGAGUCUUACCUUCACUGGCAACCUCCCAGACGCCUUGUAAAUACUUCACAAAACUAUAUAUUUGUCUACAGGCUUCACCGCUCUGUUACUUAUGACUACUACCGUUACUGACUACCGUUACUGGCUACUGUUACUUAACUCUGGGUGUUAUUCUGUGUCUAACUCGUCACAUGAGUCCAUAAGUUAUUUCUGUUGUGACGUGGUUCCUGUUCUUUACAUGUUGUGACUCGUUGGUGUCGUGGUUUAAGGCAUCACCUCAAGAUCACACACCUUGGUUUAUAUCACCUGACAUAUAAACACCCUAACCUAACCUAACGUAAUGUAACCUAAUCUAACCUAACCUAACCUAUCCCAACGCUAAUCAAACCUAACCUAACCUUACCCUCCCCCCCCCCAGGGUGUUUACUCAACAGGUGAAAAAUAAAUAAACUAGGGUGUCUAAUAAUGAGGUGAUGUACUUUAUGUUCACUAUGACGUAUAUAUAUAUAUAUACUGUUGUCUCUCUGUCUCUCUCAAGUCUCCCUGUUGUAUUUUUGAGACCAAGAGAGAUAGAGAGACACAUUGUAAUUUGGGUGACUCUGAAUUACUUCAAAUUACUUAUGAAACUUCUACUCAAAAAAUAUUACUCCAAUUAAGUACUUUCUCUUCAAUUAACUACUUUCUCUCCGAUUAUCUACUUUCUCUCCGAUUAUCUACUUUCUCUCCGAUUAUCUACUUUCUCUUCAAUUAACUACUUUCUCUCCAAUUAACUACUUUCUCUUCAAUUAACUACUUUCUCUCCAAUUAACUACUUUCUCUCCAAUUAACUACUUUCCCUAAACUUUUGAUAAUAAUUAUAUUUUUACGAGAGAUAAGGUGAGGUUCUCUCCCUUAUAGAAAGAUAUCGUCGAUUAUAUAGCUCUACUUUCUCUUAUAUAUAAUAAUAUUUUUGCGAGAGACAACAAUGAGAUUACUAUUCCUGUUAUCAAAUCAUCAAGCUUAUUCUCAGCUUAAAGGCUAUAUAGUGAGCUGGGAAUAUAAUCAAUUUUAGAAAGUAUAGAAAGAUUUUAUUACGAAAGAUUUAUAAACUGCAUUCCUAAUAUCGGGAAUUAAAAAAAUGGAAUAUAUUUUAAUUCCUGGAUAAAUUUGGAAUAGAAAAUAGUGCAACGACAGGUGUAUUACACAGGUAGAUGGAUGUGUCAACUUUCUUUUUUGAUAAUAUCUACUUUUAUAAUGUAAAGUGAAAGUAAUAACAAUUUCCUAUCUCUUAAUUAAGUAUUUUAAUAGUAUAGAUGAGAGUAAUACUUUUAAUAAUAAUUAAAUUUUGAAUCUAUUGUUAACUGAAGACUUGAAGUAAAUUAUAGUCAAGAGAUUUUUUCACUCCUUUCACUAAUUCCUUCUUUUAUCUGUUGUUCAAAUGUGAAAUCAAAAUUGUUAGUAUUUAGUAUUGUAUAAAAAAAACCUUAAUAGAAUUUUAUAUACAGUUAGAAUAAAAUAAUGAGGCUAAAUAGACGAAUAAAAUAGCAUAAUAAAGAUAUAUAUAUAUAUUCAGUUGUUUAUCCCUGAAUAAUAGUUUUGGACGAUGUAAAUAUUGUUUUUAUAAUUAUUGAAGGAAAAUGGUUUAACCCUUUGAGGAUGAUGGUUUAACCCUUUGAGGAUGAUAAUUUAACCUUUUAUAGAUGAUGGUUUAACACUUUGAGGGCGAUGAUUUAACUCUGGUAGAAAUAGUUUAAACCCUUGAGGAAGAUGGUUUAACCCCUUGAGGACGAUGGUUUAACCCUUUGACGACGUUAGUUUAACCCUUUGAGGACGAUGGAUUAACCCUUUGAGGACGAUGGAUUAACCCU